AUUUGAGUUAAUUUUUUUACUUCUGCAAAAAUCAUGGUCCACAAACAUAUAGAUUUUUCAUAAUAUAAUCAUGUCUUUGAUCUUUUGUUCCCAAAGAAGGUGAUGGAAAAUUGGAACGUCAGCCUGGAUUCCUGCCCUUGAAAUCAAAUAGUCCUUGUCUCCUUUACCAUAUUGCACCUCGUGACUCCUCCUUUACUCUCUUGGAGCAACCAGCUGCCUCCUUUCUCUUCUUGCAGCAAUGAAAGAUUCACUUGGAACUUCUCAACCUUGCCCUUCUUUGAAGUCCUUGACAUCCAAACUAGGAGGGAUGUUUUGCCGUUGCGGAUCACCAAACAAAUAUAAGAGGUUGGAUGCAAAGCUUGAAAAGAAGCUGAUUGAACUCAAGAGAAGUUCAUCUGGGAAGACGAAUUUUAAAUCAAUGAAUAGUAUAAUCAUGAGGUUUCCCCAGUUUAAAGAAGAACUGAAACACAUCAGAGGGGUAUUCGAACAGUAUGAUGAAGAUGCAAAUGGUAAUAUUGACAUGGAGGAACUAAAAAAAUGCUUACAAAAUCUGCAACUCAAUUUAAAAGAGGAGGAAGUUGAGGAUCUAUUCCACUCCUGCGACAUUGAUCAAAGCGAGGGGAUACAAUUCAAUGAGUUCAUUGUUCUUCUAUGUCUCAUCUAUCUCCUAGUAGAGCAUUCAUCCUCUCCACUGAGAACGUCAAAGAUGGGUUCACCUGAGCUUGAGGCCACUUUUGAUACAAUAGUUAAAGCAUUCUUAUUUCUGGAUAAGAAUGGAGCUGGCAAGCUGAACAAGAAGGACAUGAUCAAAGCAUUGAAUGAGGAUUCUCCAUGGGAGAAAUCCCCGGCACAUAUCACUAGAUCUAGAUUCAAAGAAAUGGACUGGGACAGGAAUGGGAAGGUCAGUUUCAGGGAGUUCCUCUUUUCUUUAAUCAACUGGAUCGGGAUUGAUGAAGAUGAAGAAAUUCCUGUGAGCGCAAGAACUUGAUCUGGAUAACUGUCAAUAUGAGGUCAGAUUGAAGCAUUUGUGUGUCUGCAUAAAUCAUCCCAGACUUCCCAGUGUAUAUUAUUCAGAGCUGUUGCUCCUUCGUCAUGUUCAAUUGUGAAAGUAUUUUAUAGUUAGUUUUCGACGGUAAAUGUUUCAAAUGUUCUAUGAAUCAACAUAUGAUAAUUCAAAUGUUUAUUUCUUUCGCUUCCUUA